GUGCAGCGGGCAGGCAGGUUGUCGGCGGUGCCGCGCGCGUCCUGCCCAGAAGACUCGACGGGCAUGGGCGCUGCGCCACCGCCGCCGCCGCGGGCACCUGCCCCUGUCACUUAGGCCGCCGGCGGCCACCCUCACUCGCACACCACCCUCGGCCGACCGACCCUGCUCUCGAACAGCUCGCUCUCGCACCAAAGCCCGCUGGAGGCGGCCAUGCAGCUCGCGCCCCUCGCCUCCGGGGAGGAGGACAAGGGCGGCGGAGGGGGCGAGGGGGCAGCCGAUGGCGAGGUGGCCUCGUGCAAGGGGCUGCUGAGCGCCACCCCAGGGCCCACCCCUGACCCCACCCCUAGCCACAACAACAAGGUCACGCCAACCCCCAGCAUGACCCUGCUGGCCACCGCGUCCACCGGCGGGGCCGGCGGCGUCACGCACACCACCGACAUCCACGUCAGGGAGACGUGGAACAAGAAGGUCGAGUUCCUGCUCGCGGUCAUCGGCUUCGCAGUCGACCUUGGCAACGUGUGGCGCUUCCCCUACAUCUGCUACCAAAACGGAGGCGGCGCCUUCCUCAUCCCCUACUGCCUGAUGCUGGUGUUCGGCGGGUUGCCACUCUUCUACAUGGAGCUGGCUUUGGGGCAGUUCCACCGCAGCGGCUGUCUCACCAUUUGGCGCCGUAUUUGUCCUGCUCUCAAAGGAGUGGGCUACGCCAUCUGCCUGAUCGACAUCUACAUGGGCAUGUACUACAACACCAUCAUAGGCUGGGCCGUCUACUACCUGUUCGCCUCGUUCCGCUCCGAGUUGCCGUGGACCAGCUGCGGCAACUCGUGGAACACGGAGAACUGCGUCCCUGUGCUCAACGUGUCGGCCCAGCACGCCAACUCCACCAGCCCGGCACAAGAGUUUUUCACGCGGAGCGUUUUGGAGCAACAUCUUUCCGACGGGCUGGACCACAUGGGGCCGAUCAAACUUUCCCUUGCGGUCUGCGUCUUGGCAGUUUUCAUCCUUGUUUAUUUCUCCCUGUGGAAAGGAGUUCGCAGCACCGGAAAGGUCGUCUGGUUCACAGCCCUAAUGCCCUACAUAGUGCUCUUCAUCCUUCUGGGCAGGGGCGUCACGCUGCCAGGUGCCGCCGAUGGCAUCAGGUACUACCUCACCCCGCAGUGGCACAAACUCUACAACUCCAAGGUGUGGAUCGACGCUGCAUCGCAAAUUUUCUUCUCGCUGGGACCCGGUUUUGGUACCCUCCUCGCCCUUUCUAGCUACAACAAAUUCCACAACAACUGCUACAGAGACGCCAUCCUGACGAGCAGUGUCAACUGUCUCACCAGCUUUCUCGCGGGAUUUGUCAUCUUCUCUGUGCUAGGCUACAUGGCCCAUGUCCAGAACAAGCACAUCGAGGACGUCGGCCUAGAAGGUCCUGGCUUAGUUUUCAUUGUGUACCCAGAAGCCAUCGCCACGAUGUCUGGCUCAGUAUUUUGGUCGAUAAUAUUCUUCAUCAUGCUCAUAACCUUGGGGUUGGACAGCACGUUUGGAGGUUUGGAGGCCAUGAUCACAGCCUUGUGCGACGAGUAUCCACGUGCUUUGGGUCAACACAGAGAAAAAUUCGUCGCUGGACUUCUCGUGUUCAUUUAUAUUUGCUCCCUACCCACCUGUACUUACGGUGGUGAAUAUCUGGUCAAUCUGCUCAACAUCUACGGACCUGGAAUCUCCAUCUUGUUCGUGGUGUUUGUUGAGGCCGUCGGCGUUUGCUGGUUCUAUGGAGUCGACAGAUUUUCCUCUGACAUACAGCUCAUGAUCGGCAUUCGACCCGGCCUAUUUUGGAGGCUGUGUUGGAACUGCAUCAGCCCUGUUUUUAUCUUAGCGAUCUUCAUUUUCUCAUUGGUCGGUUACGAGGACUUGAAGAGCGGAGAUUACGAGUACCCUCCUUGGUCCAUAACUGUUGGCUGGAUCCUGACAGCUUCCUCCCUGGUGUGCAUUCCCGCCUACAUCCUUUAUUUUUUGGCCUCAACGCCGGGCACAUUAAAGCAGCGGCUGAGAAAAGCCAUCACCCCGCAGCAAGACUCGGCCGAGCACGGCGUCAACGCCAACUCGACUUACGGCACUCACGUGUGACUUUCUGGGCCGACGGGGAAACACAAUCAGCCCGCACUGCUGGGCCUUGUGCAGCCGGUGGCCGCGAGUCGGAGUUCGUUCGGCGAGUGGCUCGUUUGACUCGCUCGUCACCCUCUCAUUGUCUGCCCCCCGACCCGGCGGGCAGGAUCUCUCGAUGGACGCGCGCGCGAAUCAACCGCAGAAUCCGAACAUAUUUCUAUAACGCACUCGCUUUGGCCCAAGUGGUUUUUGUAUCGAUUUUAGAGUGCUUUAUCGGUUUGUGUGCGCUUUCGCUGUUGCAUGUUGAGCAAUCCAGUAAUCUCUGGCUGCUGUUGUUGAAGUGUUAAUAAUUAAUUGAUACGUUGCCUACCGUUUGAGUCAUUUAUCGCAAGGAAACUCUUAGGAUGCUACGUUUUAUUUUGUGGUGAAUUGAUUGUCCUCAACUAGGGAAUUUUCUAUUUUCAUUGAACGGCGUUCACGAGAUUUGGAUCUCUGAAGGAAUAAAAUUAGGUAUGAGAUUUAAUUUGGGCAUUGCUUUCAGACCAGUUUAGUUGAAUCAUGAUUAAUUUUAAAAGGUAGACUCUAUCUGAAGGGGAGAAUUGAACAAUGUGGCCCAUUUUCUUUUCUAUAUAAAAUUCUAAUUUUAACUCUUGGCUGGGAAAUAGCUAAUAGCUCAUUAAUGGCAUGAAAUAUUUAAUAAAAAUUUACUGAAUGAAUAAUACACGGGAAUUCUAACACGCAAGUGUGUAGCAAAAUAUUCAAAUCGAAAAAUAUUAAAAACAGGCAUUCACAAUUCUACAUUGGUAAGCUUCACGUCAUAGAGUUACAGUUUUAUUUUAUAACAGUUCCGGAAAUUUUAAAAUACAAUAAGUGAAUCACAGUUGAUACAAAUACAGAUGUUCGUCACAGUUUAGUGACACUAUUUGUAUUUCUAAAUUAAAAAGUGGAAGAUGUGGUAGGUGUGAACACAUGUCUGUUUGUGAAAAAGACUUUCAGCUUUGGUUAACUAUGGCAGGGAUUACAAAAAAUCAGAACAUAAUUGGGGCCUUUUUAAAAAGCUGGUUCUGAAUAAAUUUGUUACAAUUUUAUGAGCAAGAGGCAGAGAAAAUCAAGCAAAAAUAUCAUAAUGCUAAUUUAAUCAAUGUAAAAAGAGACCCAUCAAUCGAUUUUUCUCAUUUAACAGUGUCUACAAACCAAAACUUUACUAAAUUGAACAAUAAUUUUAAAAAUCAAUUUUAUAUUAACUGCCGGUAGAUAUCUAAAUCUAAAAAUUGCCAUUUAAAAAAUUGACCGUGGAAUUUGGUUCACAUUACGACAAGCAACACAAAUAAAAGAAAUCCACCACCAAUUGAAACAUAGAAUCCCAAGAGUUUCCAUAUCAGCACCAAAAUUUUAUUAGAAUCCAACCAGUCCUUUUUAUUUUUGGAAUUCACUAUUUCAUUUUGUAAAGAACCAAUGUAUUUUCACCAGUUAUUUGAUUUAUAUUUAAAUUCCACGAAAAGUAUUUAAUUUAUAAAACGUUGAACAGAGUGCGAAUAAAUUUUAUACCGUGAAGAAAAUUUAGCCUCAGUUGGAGAAUAUUUAAAUGUUAGAGUAUAGUGCACUACGCGUCUGCUUUGUCUCCUAGGAAAUGCACUCCGUUAGCGGGUCAUGAAAGGAUUCAACGUCAUGCUGUCAUGACAAUAUUUGUGUGCGUCAUCGUUGGGUGUUUGUGUGCUUGGCCGCUCGUGUGCGUUUGCUCGUGGUCGACUGGUAAAGAAGGGAUGAAAACUCAGUGACCAUAUACGCAUGGCUCUUUUGAUUGCUUUAUUUUCACGCUUCACUCGGCGUACACACGACACACGCACUUGGCCUGAAAGUCCAAGUUAAUUGGAUUUUAAUGUACACGCACAAAGUGAGAGUGGCGCGUGUGCCGCGGGAUGGAUGCGUUUACGUGUUAUGCUCGGCCAGCGUGAGGGUCUCUGUAAAGUGUUAGAUGUACUUAGAUGUCCAGGAAAUCAAGAAUUUAAAUUUAAUUGGGUCGGGAAAGGGUUCAUUUUUCCUCAACUCAGCUUUUCGUGCAAGAUAGAGUUUCAAAAGUCGAGUUUUGACAAUAAACGCAACUCGGAACAAUAAGAAGCGUCGACCAAUAUUAACAAAAAAUUUUAAAAUCCACUGGAGGAACGGAAAUUUUAUUGAUGAUGUCAGUGAAUUCCGAUGAUUACUUUUCGCACAAUUCAAUUUGCAUUCCAGUGAGAUUUGCGUGAGCAAAAAUUUCCAUCGAUCUCCCAUAUUCCAAUAAAAUAUUGCGGAUUGGUUAUGUUAUAUGUGCGUCUGAGUGACUGGUAAUCUGUUUCUAAUCAAAAAAAUUGUUACGCAAACAUAAGAGACUGUGAGGAGGUGCUCAAACAAGAGUCUUUUCAUUCAUGAUCGACAUCGGACGUGACCACAAAAUAUAUUACAUUCGAAGGACUCGAAAGUGACCGAAGAAUAAUCGCUUAAAUACUCGCGUGUUAUCAAACUGCUUGUGCGUAUAUCCUCAACUAAUUGGUGUGUGUAGCUAGGCAAUAAAUUACGUACAGUCACGUUGUAUAAUGCUAAACUUAGCUUUAAAUGGACAACCACUCGUUAAUGGAUUCGUGCACUGCUUCUAGCUUGUUCUUCUUUUGCUUUGUUCUUAACCCAUGGAUAUCGUAGGCAACCGUUUUGCCACUCCGGCUCCGCGGGCUUGCAUAGCUAUCUGGUGAGCAGGCGUCUUAAGCACAAAACACAGAUUCACAAAAAGGUGUUCAAAUACCGCGCGGCAGGAAAUUCUGAGUUGGAGAUCGGUUAUUAUAAUACGAACAAAAUUCCACGCGUAUAUUAACAUACAUGUUGUAGAUGUUAAUCAGUUGGAUUAAAAAUAGUUCCGUUCGCGUUAUAGAUCAGGAAAAGCUAUGCAGUUCUUUCAGGAUCUGAAAAAUUGUCUUGGACAUUCACUAGAAUUACUUGAUCAUUGUAUUACUAUAGUGUAUUUAUCUGUACCAAAUGUAUGUAUCAUUCGUAAAAAUCUGUACUUAAAUAUUCACCUAUUCUACACUUAUACUAAUAAACAAUCAAAUAAUUCAGGUGCCUGUUUCGCUCUAUUACAGCCAAAUAGGGCGAAGCACAGAGAGACAAAUAAAAUAACCAAAUACUCACUGAAAGUGUGUCGUUCUCGCGAACAACACAUUCUUGCUGACAAUAUGUUUCUAAUCGAUCGCAUUAAUAUACAAUACAUGUGAAUGUGUGUAUGGAAUAUAACAAUUGUUAAAGUA